GUGUAGGAUUGUGUGAUUAUCUGAUGCGUGUAGGAUUAUGUGUUUAUCUGCUACGUGUAGGAUUUUGUGAUUAUCUGCUAGGUGUAGGAUUGUGUGCUUAUAUGAAAUGUGUAGGAUUGUUUGAUUAUCUGCUACGUGUAGGAUUAUGUGAUUAUCUGCUACGUGUAGGAUUUUGUGAUUAUCUGCUGCGUGUAGGAUUGUGUGCUUAUCUGAAAUGUGUAGGAUUGUGUUAUUAUCUGCUAUAUGUAGCAUUGAGUGAUUGUCUGCUAAGUUUCAGAUUGAUUGAAUAUUGCUGAUGGAAUUGUUUCUGGCAUGAUUGAGUAAUGUGUCUCUAUGAGAGCUGCAAUUUUGUCAUUAUGAGUGUAGUUCUCUUGUCAGCUGAUUUUCGGAUGUCAAAGACAUCAGACGUGGUUCGUUGUUAUCUACUUUUAUGUUUGAAAAACUUACAUCGAAAAUACAAAGAUCG